GUUUCCGAUUCUAUAUUUCUCUUUUCCCCCCCCCCCCUUCAAUAACUUCAUUCUUUCCCUUCUUCCCCUUCACUCUCCUCAUUAUUUGACUCAGAUGCCUUCAGAAGACCCCGAUAACGACGACGGAGACGGCAUGUCUUACCGCGCCACAGCCAACAAAACACCGCCCCAGCUGCAAUUUCAACCAUCUCCACCACCAGCACAACCCAAGUCCGGCGCCGCGCCCAUGGAUGAUAUGCUAUUUAUGGAUCCGCCAACAGCGUCGCAUCGCGACGAAAACCCGGAGCCAACGGCAGCAUCGCCCAUCGCCACGCCUCUCACUCUCACCAGAAGUGGCUUCCUCAAUAAUCCCAAUACCACCGUCCCGAGCCUCUUCAGCAGAUCCACGCACCGCAGCUACGACCCCAUUGACGGCAGCAGCGACCGCGACGCCGACGGCUUCAGCGCCAAUACGAGCCCGCUCCUGACAACCAGCGAAGGUAGCAAGGGGGACGACUUAGCCGGCUUCAGGCGGAGAUUGGACACCGACACCACUACCAGCCCGGCGCGCUUCGAGACGGACGAUAACGACGACGCGGUCACGGCGAGCACGGCGUUACUACACGAACCUGUCGUUCGGAGGGCGAGCACACGAGGUGUCCGGGUUCGACAUCCUACACCAGGACUACAGACGCUACAGGGGGCUUAUACAGCGAACGUGGUGCAGUUAGAGCGGUCGGCGGAGAAACUCAGCAUGACGUCCAGCAUUGAAGACUCGAUCCGCAAUGCGUACGAGGAGGUGAAGAAGUCGGAUAGCAGGAUGAACUCGCUCCGACAAUCCUCGCUGAUGAACCUCGUCACCGACAUCCCGUACGAGGGCGUAUCAACAUCGACACAACUCACGAGCGCGGUGGAGGUCGCGAGCCCGUUAAACUUUGCGAGCCCGACGUUUCCGACAAGGGAUACGAAUUCUUUGCAUUCCACCACCUCGACGUCGAUCCUGGAUGUGAAUAAUGCCGCGAGAUCGGGAGGUUACUCGCCGGGAGGUGCGGUUAUACUUGGUGCGAGGCCCAGGGCGGACUCGAAGACCUCGAAGACAUCAAAGUAUGGGACACGGCCGGAGCCGGAGAUGGAGGGGCGACCGCUGAGCGAGUUCGUGCCUUCAAGAAACAACUCGUACCUGUCGUCGCGGAACGUCUCGAGGGCACCAUCGAUCGCGGAGAAGGAGGAGGAGGAGGCAGCAGUCAGGAGGCCGCUGGCUAUCAGGAAUCUGUCGGCGGAUGAUAUUGAUGUUGAUGAGGAGAAGACGGAUAUAGGACUGAAUAAACUCGUUCCAGACGAUUCACAGUCGGAGAUGGACCAGGCACAGGAGCUAUUUGACGACUUUGAUGGCCAACACUAUGCGAAUAUGGCUGCACCACCUGCAAAUGCACCACCGCCGCCUCCAGCAGCGGAACCAAGGCCGGAUAUCCAAAAACGAAGGGAUUCAUCAGCAAAUACGCUGUCGAUGGCACGCCCUAAAUCAUAUGCCGAUCCGCUCACAGGACAGCAGAUGGUAUUCUACCCCGCGCCCGUCCCAUCAAUGCUCAUGCUCCCCCAAAAGCUCUCCAACCGCCCCUCCCCAGCGAAGAGAGAAAAACGCCGCACCCAAGCUCUCAGCACCCUCCCACCACUAGCCCUCCAAUCCGCACCCUGGCUCCAAGACGUCGUCGAAGGCCAACAAACCGAACAGUCCCAGCAAAUCCCCGACGAAGUCCUCGACGCCGAAUACCUCGCGCAGCACCACAAGCAAAAAGUUGGCGGUCGCCGCUCCACACAAGACCUCCUCCACAUGCCCGAACAACUCCGAGCAAACGAGUUCUUCGAGCAGCCACAGCCCCACCAACUCGUCGAGAUCAAGGAACAAUCCGCCGUCGCGACACUAGACAACAUCCUCGACGCCUCUGCCUACGCCCCCGUCUCCGCCUUCACCGACCACGCCUACGCAGGCCGCCUGGGAGCCGAAGUCUACGGCGCCCACGACCCCCGCGCCACCCGCACCAAGAGCCAACUCCUCGCCCCCCCCGAAGCCCCCAAGAAGCGCGUAUCCUCCUUCUUCGGCCUCGGUCUCGGCGGCGGCGAUAAGAGCGACCGAGCCCGCAGCUCAACAGUAACCAGCAUGCUCGGCCUCGACAAAACACCCUCCUACACCGCCGUAGCAGACGACUCGCACUCCCCCCGCCUCCCCCCCUCCCCCUCCAACGGCCUCGACAACACCGGCGACGGCGACGAAUUCGACGCCGACGGCCCCCCUUCACCCCGCGAGCGCGACCACGACGACACUUACAUCGGGGCCCCCACCACUCUCCUCGCCGAGCUGCAGCUGCGCAAACAACACGCCAAGACGCGCACGCAGAACCUAACUCAGGCAGCGGGCUCGCGCUCUACGCUGCUUGAGCUGGAUGCCGUGGCGCUGGUGGAAUCGAAAGCGAGACAGCAGAAACGCGUCACACUUGCGUGGCAGGAACAGCAUCCGGAGGAGGAGGAGGAGGAUGAUGAUGUGCCGCUUGGUGUGCUGUUCCCGGGACAGUCGCUGCAGCAGCUAGAUCGUGCGUCGAGACCAAUGGGACUCAUGGAGCGCAGAGAGCUAGAAGACAAUGAACCACUCAGCCAGCGCCGUGACCGCCUCCUUGGUCGCGGCGGACUACAGCGCGAACCACUUCGUCGUCACACCCCCGAGCCCGGUCACACCCCCGAGCCGGCGGAGGACUCGAAUCCCCUCCCCAACGCUCGGCCGGUGAGCGGAGCCUUCUCGCUUGAACUACUAAACCAGUUCGGCGACCCCUCGCCCCCAGACGCUGCCCCAGAGGAAGAAGAAGAAGAAACCCUCGGCCAACGCCGUCGCCGUCUCCUCGCCGAGCGCGAAGCCGCCGCGAAACCAGCACCAAAACAGCGCCGCAGCAUGGCCGACAUCCUCUCUGCGCACCCUGCCGCCAGUAGGGGCGAGUACCCUCAUCUCGCUGAGCACCUCCAACAACAGCAACAAAAACAACAACAACAGCGCAGCGCGGGGCAUCGACAAUCGAUAUUCCCCACCGCACCGCAAUUAUACCCCGAGAUGGGAAUGAACUACCAAAGCCAAGUCGGUGGCGGGAUGGGAAGCGGAAUGACGGGGCGCGAGAUGGUGGAGCAGAUGAAAGCUAUCCGUGCCAGACAGGCGCAGCAGGGGGGCUGGGGACAGCAGCAGAUGUGGCAGGGGAUGGCGGCGCAGGGGAUGGGGCCGCAGCAGGGGGGUGGGGUGGAUAUGGUGGAGAGGUGGAGGAGGAGUGUUAUGCUUCCUGGGGCGUAGGUGGUGGGAUGGUGUGUGUGAUAUAUGUGUGAUGUGGUGUUUUUUUUGGCUUGGGAAGGGGGAUAAUAUAGAUGGGUUGGUGCAUUGCGUGGAUGGGUGGGAUGUGGAUUGGGUUGGGGGGGAUAUGUAAUGUUUGUAAUAGAGUAAUAAUUAUGGGAAUACUUGUACCAGAACUGACCGAACUUUGGGUCACGGUGUGUAUGGUGGAUAUGAGGAGUUCGUUUUGGUGUGAUUGUACAAUUAUUGAUUAGCUAUGGG